CGGAGGGGAGGUUGCGACGGGUCACGGAUUGGGUUUUAAAGCGAGGCGGGAGUGCGAGACUCACACCAGCAGCUGCAGGAGCAGGAGCAGCAGCAGCAAGCAGCCACCACCACCUCGUCGACGAGCUUCCAAACCAACAGCGCAAAUGUCGGAGCGCUGUGAGCACUGCGUGACACCGCUCGCCGGUAAGGAGUACGUGCUUAGGGAGUGCAAGCCGUACUGCACCGAGUGCUUUACAAAGCUCUUCUCAUUCCUGUGCGUGGGCUGUGGCAAAACCAUCGGUGCAGGCACCCGGAAGCUGAGCCUCGACAACCUCCACUGGCACGAAGGCUGCUUCAAGUGCAGUGAGUGCGCGACGCCCAUCGGAGCCGCCACCGAGUACCUCCUCGAGGGCAAGGAGAUCGUCUGCAAGAGUUGCGCGAUAUCGCCUACAGGAGGCAUGGGGGACUCGUGCGUGAGCUGCAAGCGCGGUAUCCGCGAAGGUGUCGCCAAGGUGGCUUACAAAGGCCGCACGUGGCACGAGCGCUGCUUCGCGUGCGCACGCUGCAUGGAAACCAUCGGCACCAAGAGCUUUGUGCCGCACGGCGACGAGAUCUACUGCGUGUCCUGCAACGAGAAGAAGACCGCCACUCGGUGCUUCACCUGCCACAAGCCGGUGACGGAGAAGGGAGUGGUCUACAAGGAGCACACCUACCACCGUGACUGCCUCGUGUGCAUCGGCUGCAACACGCCACUGGCCGGGUUGAACAUGUGCACGCGUGGAGAGCUGCUCUACUGCGAGCCCUGCUUCGAGAAGAAGUACUCCAAGAAGUGCACCAACUGCAGGCAGCCCAUCGCUGCGGGAGCAAAAUUUUUGACGCACGACUCCCUCGAGUGGCACACCGAGUGCUUCAAGUGCAAGCGCUGCGGCCUCAACAUGGCCGGCAAGGGCUUCGUGGCGCGCGGAGACGACAUCUUCUGCGGUGAUUGCGCCAAGUGAUGGGAGACGAGCAGCCACUCGCAACAGACACCUGCACAGCAUAAUACAAGCAUCGUUGGCCAUCACUCACCGCAGCACAUGUGGAACGCGGCAUGUGCCAUGUGUUCGGGGGAAUGCUAUUUCAAAUGUUGUAAGGUUUAAUUUUACGUAAAAAUAUGAACGUGUAGCUAUGCAAUCACAAUUUCGCGUUGAAUUUAUUUGCAUGUUUUCAAGAUGUGUACCGAUGUUGAUAUUCUCAGUGAGCUUUUACCAACGAAACUACUUUGAAUUUGAUGAAACCGAAGCCAGAUUUGAAGUUUAUUUUGUUUAAUCAGGUGACAACUCAGACCAGGAUGAGUCAUUUGCAAAAGUGGUCUGGGUCACCAAAUUUACAAAAGCAAAAUAAAUAAAGUUACAGCAAUGAGGCAAAUAUAAUGUGUUGGUUUCUGAAAAAGAAUGAUCCCAAUGACUCUACUACAUUAAUGAUGCAUCAGUCCAUUAUUUGACAUUGUAUUGGCUAAAAUGAGUGUUUUACAGCCGGUAUAUUAUUUUCAUUGUAAGCAGAUAUGAAGCAGCUAGUUAUGGGAUUUGCCUAACAUGCAAGAAUUUUGCAUAUUGAUUUGGAAUGACAUGAAAGAUAUUUCAAAAAUGUAUAUCGUAUAAAUAUACAUUUUUACUGCAUGUCUGUGUGCCACACUUUCA